GUAUCCCCGCUAGCCUGUUGUUGAGAUAGGCCCCGCCGGCGAUCAUCCCACUUCAGUGUAUCCGCGACGGGAGCUGGUCAGAACCAGCAUCGCGUCUCAUAUAUUUAGACCCCGGCGCCUUAUUAGCUUGGUCAUGACAGGAACAGGUCGGCUUCAGGCUCUGUUAUGCCUCUUCGAGAUCGACAUGUUUAUGGGGUUUGGCACCUCACAAGCCUCCCAAGGCUGUAGGGCUACCAAGACGUGCAAUCACGAUAAAGACAUGAGAGUUUGCCGUAUCACCUUACAGUGGCUUACACUAGGCGCCUUACCAAUCUUCUCAGUACCAUGCCGUCUCCACUGUCCCUUCGUAUCCCACGAAAUGGGGCUCCACUCCUCGCAGCUACGCCACGAGUCGUCGCCCUUGGAGGUGCGUCUACAGGAUUCUCUGUUAUAAGUAUAUCGGAUUUCUUCUCUUUGCGUUCUUUACUCGUCUUGCUCGUCUUUGCACGCAUAGCGACCGUCACUCGUUUACUCCUAACUAAUUCUA